UUGCAGAGGUGCCGAAGUGGACGAGGGUCAGUCAGAGACUCAAUCCCCCGGGUUUUUAGGAGGAGGGCGGAGAGCGGAGAGCGGAGAGCGAAGGGAGAGUCGGUGGGAUGUGUACACUAUCUUUGCUUAUACGCUGUGCAUCGGAUAUGGCGCUUUUGUGGAAACAAUAUGACAUCAAUCUUGAAAGUCCAGAUUCAGAGGCGUAUCUUUCUUUCUCAGCCUGUUGGGCUCGAUAUAUCAGUGACAGACCAGUUGUGUCUUUUAGCCAUUUGGUUGUUGCGCUGCAUGCACUUUUGUUCUUUUCCCAGUUCACAUACUUUCAAAGCCAAUCAAGAUAUGCCUUUUUCAAGUCUUCUACACCAAUUUCUCGAGUUUUGCGUAUUGAUGCCUAGUCUUUCCAUGUUUCAAACGUGUCUUCUUUGAACCUCGCAUGUCAGCUUCUUUCUUCGUAUGCUUCAGGCGCAUCUUCUCCCA